AAAACGACUAAAAAAAAAAAUAGUCGUUUUUUUUUUUUAUAAUAGCUUCUGGAAACGUUAUCUAUAUAAACAAAUCCUCCGUGGAAUGUUUUUUUACGGUCACAAAAUCAAAACGUUCAAUUUCCCUAGAAGUACAGUAUUUUAAUUUAAUUUUUUCUAAUUAAAUCUUAAAGUUUAACUUUAAAAUGUUAUCAUUUAGCGUUAUCACACUCGAUCGUUAUCAAUUAAUCAUUAAUUUACAUUUUCAAUUACCCAUCUUUUUUUUUGUUUUUAACAUGAUACAAGCAUUACAAGCACAGAAUAUAUGAAAUUAAAUUUGUCCGUUGUUUGGAGAUUUUUCAUUUCAACUUUCAUAUUGGCCGGUAGGUACCUACUUGCUCGAUAUUUCGUCAUUACCAGUUAUCAACGCCGUCAAUCCGUCAUUGCCGCAGCAGGUCUAAACUACAACACAAUCUGUUAUGUGAAUUGUUUUUUCGUCUAUCCACGGCGCGCGAGAUAAUAAUCAUUUUUCACCGCUCGCUGCGCCAGUCUUGUGUGUGUGACGUCUCGCCCGUAGUUCGAAUUUAGAAAAGACUUCUGCUGCCAUCCAGUUAUAACGCUCGCCCGCCUAUCGCGUCAACACGAGGUGUAGGUAAAUACUUUGGUGCCCAUAUAAAUCAGCUGUGCCACAACGAGAUGACGAAGACGGAUGUUUCUGCUGCUGCGGACGGCGGACGAUCGUGGCCCGACCGGAUGACGGCGUGGCAGAUUGACACUUACGCGCCGUUUGGAGACUCGGCCAAGCUCAACGACAAGGCAGAGUCGCCCGCGUCCCUCGGGCCCAAAGAUGUUUUGGUUCGUGUCAAGGCAUCGUCCGUCAAUCCCAUCGACGUCCUCAUGGCCGAGGGUUAUGGUCAAGUGCUAUUGAGCAGAGUCCGGCAGGCAAAAAAGAAGUCGUUUUUCAGGCCAGUUGAGUUCCCGUUGAUUUUGGGACGAGAUUUCGCUGGUGAAGUAGUUGCAAAAGGAGCUGAAGUUGGCUCAGAACACUUGGACAUCGGCGACGCCAUUCUGGGUGUCGUAGCUCCUUACCAGACUGGCUGUCAUGCCGAAUUCGUCACCGUUCCCGUAACUCAGGUAGCCAAGAAGCCAGAUCAUAUGUCUUUUGAGGAAGCAGCAAGCUUGUUAUACACAGGCCUAACCUCUUGGUGUGCCUUGACAUCGGCUGGUGGCCUGAACGCUUCGAACGCUGCCGACAAGAACGUAUUGGUCAUCGGCGGAUCCGGUGGUGUUGGUAAUAGUGCKAUACAGAUACUCAAGUCGUGGAAUGCCAAGGUAACUACCACCUGUAGUACAAAUGCCAUAAAUUUAGUGAAAGGACUUGGACCAGAUAAUAUCAUUGACUACACUACUGAAGAUGUGCAAAAACAGUUGGAACAAUAUGGAAAGUACGACCUGAUUCUGGACGCGGCCGGAAUACCAUAUGAAGAUAUCGGCAGCGCAUACACGCCGCUGUUGAAACCUUGGUCAUGGGCAAAAUUCAUCACCCUCCGCAGUCCCGUGUUGCACAAUACUGACGCGUACGGAAUGGUUUUCGGCAUGCUGAAGAACAUGUACGACCUAAUGGCGCCRAACGUCUGUUCGGGCGCCGUGUUCAAAGGAUCCACGAUCCGUUGGGGUUUUUUCAUGCCCGCUGAGCGCGGAGUUGAGGAGCUUGCUCGGCUGGCAGUGGAAAAGAAGAUCACCGUUCCUGUCGACAGCGUUUACGGGUUUGUAGACAUGAAGGAAGCGUUCAACAAGGUCAAGGGCGGACACCUCCGCGGCAAAGUGGUCGUYACGUUUAAAGAAAAGUAACGGAAAUGUCGGUGUUAACCUCGAAUUUCAGAACUUUGAUGUCUGGAUAGUUCAUGAUAAAGCCAUUUUCUACCGGAACACAUUAAUGUCUUCCCAAGAAAUAUAUUAUCAUCUCUUCUAUAAAUUAUAAUGAUUGAUUUCUUACUUAAAUCUAUGUUUUUAUAUUCUU